CUAUUACAAUAUGAAUAUCUUGUGAAUUUCUGAUUCAUCAGCAUCACUUAAUUACCACAUAAAGCAAGUACUUCGUCUCUUAAUUUAAAUAUCAUGGUGGAUCGAUCAUCCACUGUCAAAGUUCUCGAACAGUGCCGUAUCUCUCCACCAGCCGACUCUGUCCCAGUGGCAACUCUGCCUCUUAAUUUUUUCGACCUUCAAUGGCUCAUUUUCCAUCCCCUUGGUCGUGUGAUCCUGUAUAAUUUCCCACAUUCCACUAGCCACUUUAUUCAACACACAGUUCCAAACCUCAAAACAUCCUUGUCUCUUGCCCUCAAACACUUCACUCCCUUGGCUGGAAAUUUGAUAGUACCCUCUGGUACUGAUUCCAACACUGACUACGUGAUCCGUUAUUUGGACGGAGACUCGGUGUCUGUAACAUUUGCCGAGUGCACUGAUGAUAUUGAUUACGGAAAUCAUGUUCGUGACGCCAACAUAUUGAGCACUUUUGUUCCUCAACUUCCCUCAGCUACAAAUGUUGAUAUCUCGGGCGAAAAAUGUUCUGUAGCUCCUGUAUUUGCUAUCCAAGUGACUGUGUUUCCAGGACGCGCCAUCUGUAUUGGAAUCAAAAGCGCGCACACAGUUGCGGAUGGAAGCUCUUUGUUUAACUUUGCACGAGCGUGGGCUUCAAUUACUAAGAACGUUAAUCUCCUGGAUACCAAAAAUAAUAUCAGUGAUUUCGUAACGUCUGAGGGCUUUGAGAUCCCAAGUUAUGAUAGGAGUUCGAUCCAAGACCCCUGUGAUCUAGUUACUAUGUUUUUGGAAGUACUUGGACCGGGAGUAACAAAGCAGGUCGAGAAGUUGUUACCGCAAAAGGAAUCUGUUGAUGAUUCUUCGAAACACAAGGUUAAAGCAACAUUUACUAUAACCGAAGCCCAAAUCAAGUCCCUCAAGAGCAUGAUAUCAACAGAACGGCCAACAUUAGCAUACCUGUCAUCCUUCACUGCUGUGUGCGCUUAUAUUUGGACAUGUUUAGCGAAAACACGGGCUACUGUUUGGGGAGAGGAGCACAAUCUUGAUGAGUGUCAGCACUUUUCUUUUUCUAUGGAUUGUCGCGCUAGAUUGGAUCCGCCCCUACCCGCUUCUUACUUUGGUAAUUGCUUAGCGCCAUGCCUUGGAGCACAAACAGGCAGGGUUUUGGUAGGAGAUGAAGGCCUUGCUGCUGCUGCGGAAGUAUUGGGAAACUCUGUGUCUGUGAAGCUUGAGAAAGGUCCCUUGCACGGGUUAGAUAAGUUACCGGAUGCCUUAGCUGGAACAAUGAAGGGGGAAUGGAUCAUCGGCAUUGCAGGAUCCCCAAAAUUGGACUACUACAACAAUAUUGAUUUCGGAUGGGGUAAACCCCUAAAGUUUGAGUUUGUUGAAGAGCCGUUAUCGAUUUCAAGGUGCAAAGAUUCAAAUGCGGAUCUUGAAAUUGGUAUAGUUCUGCCUAAAAAUGAGAUGGAUGUUUUUUCUACUAUAUUCGCUCGGGGUUUGCAAAACCUACACUGUUAAGUGUUGACAAAUCAUUUGCUUGAAUUUGGAGCUUGGAAGCAGGCACAUGAGGCAACAGAUUUAUGUACCACAUCAUUGUGAGUUUAAGUUUCAAGUCAGUUACUUUACGUAUCAAGAUUCUUAAGUUGGUCAUGUCUGCAGCAAAGCAGGCGAUGUAAUCACAUCUUGUUUUUCUUUUGUUUACUAUCCCCGGUGAGGCUCUAAGUCUGUGACCAUUCUCUCUGUAUUUCGUCUUUGAAAGAAUAAAACUAGUAUCAAUGUAUUAUGUA